AACUUAACUAAACAAUGUUGGUCCGCCGAAAAGGUUACUUGAAUUAAAAAUCGUGUUCGCGGCAAGAUGAAGCGACGGCUGAAGAUAUGAAAAUAUUUACAAGGUCUAUAAACAGUACUGCUAGUAACUUGCAUGGAUGAACUUCUGAACAAAGUGAGAGCAGCAGGUCAGUCAGACAAUUCAGCCAUGCAAGACUUGCUCCUCCUCGUGUUCUCUUUGACGCUCCUCGCCGUCGUCGUUGGCGGCCUGCUAGUCCGGCCGAUCAACGCGAUGCACGACCGCUUCGCCUCCGUCAGGUGGGCUCUCCUGCGGGACUUCUCCCCUGUCCUGCGGCGGGACGUCUUCGUCACGGACCGUGCGACGGCGCACCGGCUCCUCGUCCGCGGCGGCGCCUUCUGCAACCGCCCGCCGUCUAGCGCGGCCAGCUCCGUGCUCUCGCGACAGCAACACCACAACAUCGGCUCGGCGCCCUACGGCGCGCUCUGGCGCGCCGUCCGCCGGAACCUCGUCUCCGAGGUCUUGCACCCGUCCUCGCGCCUCCGCAGCCACGCCCCCGCCCGCCGCCGCGCUCUCCGAGGCCUCAUCGUGGACCUCCGCGAGCAAUCCAAGUCCAAGCCCAGCGGCAGCGGAGUGGUCCUCGCGGCAGAGAGCCUUCACGCUGCGUUGUUCGGCCUGAGCGCGUCCAUGUGCUUCGGGGACGGCGUGGACGCGGCCCGCGUCCGCGCCAUGGCCGACGGCAUGGAGGACCUCAUCCGGUCCCUCGUCGGGCUGCGCGUCUUCGCCGCGUUCCCCGCGCUGGCCGAGCUCGUGUACCGCGAGCGGUGGAGCAAGCUCGUCGCGCUCCGGCGGCGGCAGGAGGAGAUGUACCUGCCGCUCGUCCACGCCCGGCGUCGGCGUGGCCGGUCUGGUGAAGGCGAGCCCUUGGCGUAUGUGGACACGCUCAUCGAUCUCAUGGUCCCCGACGGCGACGACGACGAAGACUCUGGUGCUUCCAAGCGGAGGCUAACGGACGGCGAGCUCGUGGGGCUCUGCUCCGAGUUCCUUGGCGCCGGGACAGAGCCGGCUACCGCAGCGCUGCAGUGGACCAUGGCCAACCUGGUGAAGCAUCUGGACGUGCAGGAGGCUGUGCGCGCAGAGAUUAGCUCUGUCGUGAGGGAGGAUGCCGACGAGGUCGCCGAGGAAGACCUUGGCAGGCUGGAGUACCUCAACGCCGUCCUCAUGGAGUCGCUCCGGCUGCACCCCAGCGUGCCCUCGGUGACUAGGCAGGUGAUUCCCGAGGACCACGUCGUUUUGGAUGGCGCGCGUGUUCCGGCGGGGACGACGGUGCAGUUCCCGCUGGAUCUUCUCGCGCUGGACAAGACGGUCUGGUCGGACCCGGACGAGUUCCGGCCGGGGAGGUUCGUAUCUGGCGGCGAGGGCGAGGGCAUCAACCUCGUGGCUGCGGCGGGAAGCGCUGGGGAGAUCCGGAUGAUGCCGUUCGGCGCUGGCCGGAGGAUGUGCCCCGGGAUGGGCGUCGCGGUGCUUCACCUUGGCUACUUCGUGGCAAACCUCGUGAGGGAGUUCGAGUGGACGGAGGCUGAGGGCGAGCUCGCAGUGGACCUUGCGCCGCACGUCGGGUUCUUGAGCGUCAUGAAGCGGCCGCUGCGUGCUCGGCUACUCGCGCUGCGGCGGCGGGAGGGCCUAAUAAAGUGAACACAUAUAGGUGGCCUCGUGGAGGUGGAGGAAAUGCUUUCCCUGGCCUAGUUUUCCCCGAAUGCUGGUUAGAAUUUGGAAUGUCUGCCUAUAUGUACGCUCCUUCAAUUUGCUAUUUCUCUGUCACUGAAAAAUUACUAAUUAUCUCUAAGUCGAUAGAUAGUUUGAUUCCUUUAACAAAUUUGUGAUAAAUCUCCGACGCUUAUUAUGAAC